AUGGACCGAAGUAAGCGGAAUUCAAUAGCAGGAUUUCCACCACGCUUGGAGCGCACUGAAGACUUUGAUGGUGGCACUGGAGGAGAAGGGACUGCAUCCCAAAUAGGAAGAGUUUGUACCUCUUCAUACAGAGCCCUGAUAAGUGCCUUUUCCAGACUUACCCGUCUUGAUGACUUUACAUGUGAGAAAAUUGGCUCUGGUUUCUUCUCUGAGGUGUUCAAGGUAAGGCACAGAACUUCAGACCAGGUAAUGGCUUUGAAGAUGAACACUUUGAACAGCAACAGAGCAAACAUGCUGAAAGAGGUUCAGCUUAUGAAUAGACUCUCGCAUCCAAACAUCUUAAGGUUUAUGGGUGUCUGUGUGCAUCAAGGACAGCUGCACGCACUUACUGAGUACAUCAACUGUGGUAACCUGGAACAGCUGUUAGAUGGUAACCAACAUCUGCCCUGGACAGUGAGGGUGAAGCUGGCGUAUGACAUUGCCAUGGGAAUCAGUUAUCUUCACUAUAAAGGCAUUUUCCACCGAGACCUUACAUCCAAGAACUGCUUAAUAAAACAUGAUGAGAAUGGAUACUCAGCAAUAGUGGGAGACUUUGGUUUAGCAGAGAAAAUUCCUGAUCACAGUGAGAAGUUACCAGUGGUGGGUUCACCCUUUUGGAUGGCACCAGAAGUUCUCAGAGAUGAACCUUACAAUGAAAAGGCGGAUGUGUUCUCCUAUGGUAUAAUUCUAUGUGAGGUUAUAGCAAGAAUACAGGCAGAUCCAGACUAUCUCCCUCGCACAGAGAAUUUUGGAUUAGAUUAUGAUGCCUUCCAGCACAUGGUGGGAGACUGUCCGCCUGACUUCCUCCAGCUGGCCUUCAACUGCUGUAAUAUGGAUCCAAAGUUGCGUCCUUCAUUUGCUGAUAUUGUCAAAACACUGGAGGGUAUUUUAAACCGCCUGAGAAACGAAGACUCAGAGAGAGAGAGAAAGUUUUUGAACCUUGACAGCAGUGAAAGAAAACCCAAAGGGUCAAUUGAAAAAGGACCAGGAGUAAAACGUUUGAGUUCCCUGGAUGACAGGAUCCCACCCAAGUCACCCCGUCCACGUCGGAAUAUCUGGUUGUCACGCAGCCAGUCGGAUAUCUUCUCCCGCAAGCCUUCCAGGAAGAUAAAUGUGCAGGACCCCUACUACACGCCAAACAAAGGGUUAGGCCGGAAAGUUAAUCCCUUCAGUGCCCGGGAGGACCUCAAGGGGGGGAAGAUCAAAUUCUUUGAUAUGCCAAGCAAGUCUGUGAUCUCCCUUGUGUUUGACUUGCAUUCUCCAGAGGCAGGUGGAGGCCUGAAAGCCAGCCAGUCCCAGAUCCGGCAGGCAUACAGCACAGACUGGCAGGAAUUUUCCCUUCUUCCUGGGAGGAGAUGCAGAUCACUUCCGCUCUCUCCUGAGCUGCCGCACAAGGAAUAUGGCCUGUGUGGGGGACUGUCUUCCACUGUCGGCAGGUGUGACCCAGCCCAGCUAGGUGCAGAGGUUCGUCAAAAACUCCUGAGUAGCAGUAAAUACGGUGUAUCAGAGAUUCCCCCCUUUCAAGCCAAGCCUCACAGGCUUGUACCAGGACAAGAAGAGGAUAUGGACUGUUCGGAUGGGCCAGUGGCCCAGGAGGAAAAUGGGUUUUGCCCUGUUGAGAACACGUGUGGAGAUGCAGCAUGUAAUCAACCAUUAGUGCUGGCCCAGCUGCUAUCUUACAAAAAGCUCCCAGUUGAGAAUUCUGUGAACUCUGAGGGACAUGGCUCAUCACAAGUGUUUGUGGGUUGUCUCCCUUCUGAAGAGAUGGAGGUGGAAGAUGACCUACUGAAAAAUACUCCACUAGAGUCUACAAAGCCUCUGUUCAAUGUUAGUCCUUCCACUGAGCUGAAGAGAGAGGCAUGGCCCUUCAGGGAGCAGGAUGGGGACAGUCCUGCCCCAUUGUCUCAGACUUCCUCCAGCAGCUCAGCAAGUGGCAGCGCACAGUCAACCUGUGACAUAUAA